AUGUUCUCAAGAUCAGCAUUAAGAGUAGCACGCACACAAACAGCUCGCAGAUACAGCACAGCACCAAACGAAGGUGGCUCUGCUCUGCCUAAGUUGCUCCUCGCUGGUGCAGUUGCCGGCGGUGGAUACUACUACUAUACAUCGCAAAACGGCGAAGAAGCCCAAAUCGAAAAGGCUAAGAAGGAGGCAAUGGAUGCUGCAGACAAGAGCAAAAGCGCUGCAGGUGGAUACGUCGACUCAGCCAAGAGCGCAGCUUCAUCAGGUUACGACGAGGCUGUGAAGAAGGCAGAAGCAGCUUAUACGGAUGUUCGCAGUCGCGCCAAUAGCUCAGCCAGCGAUGUUAAAGCAGAAGCGGAGAAUGCUUAUGCUAAGGCGUUAGGCUCAGCUAGCUCACUCACUGGUGACGUUAAAGAAAAGCUUGAUAAGAAGUAUGCUACAGCUAGAAAGGAUCAAGGUGUCGACAAAGGAAAGAGCUGGUGGGGAUGGCUCACUGGAAAGUAA